UAAAAAAAGCAAGCACUUGAAGAAGAAACAGAGAAAUAAUGGGGGGCUUGGUUUCAUUGCCUUUUUUCUUCCCAUUGCUUUCUUGCAGUUUCUGCUAAGCAUCUUUUCCUUUUCUUUUCUUUUUUUUUUUCUUUUUUUUUUUUUUUUUUUUUCCCACUUUUGUGUUCUUUUCUCAGUCUCAUUCUUUCUUUACCUUGUUGUUGAAACUUUUUCUGGCCUCUCUUGCUUUGGUGUUUAUAGUCUCCUCUUUUCUUUUCCUAAUCUUCUGUUCUGGUUACUUAUUUCUGUGAUUCUUAAUGGGAUUUUCUUGGCCGGCAUUGUUUGUUUGUUCAGAAAGUUUGGUUGCUUUUCUUGAAUUAAUUUGAACUUCAGUUUCCUUAUUGGGCUUCUUUACAACCCUUUUGAGUAGUCUCUUGGUUGUGAAAUUCUUUGCCAAUCUUUUCUGGCUUCUGUUGAUCAAACUGAAUCUUUCCAUCUUUCUGGGUAUCACUUGGAUUAUUCAGAUUUCUGUUUUUUUCUUCCCCUUCCAGUUUCCCGACACUUUGUUGGAGGUCUCUGUUCUGAUUUGAGGUUUACUUCUUGUUAAUUUCUCUUUCUGGGCUCCAACUUUCCUGAUUUAUUUUCUCCCUUUCUUUUAAUCUACUCUUAAUGGUUCAAUUUUCCGUGACUUAAUAGUUGUUUUUCUGUCACAACCUCUGAAAUAUCCGAAUCUCUUGUUUGUUUCUUUUACAAUUGAGAUUUUGGUUCCAUGGGACUUUGUCAUGGAAAACCCACUGAAAACCCACAAGGGCUAUCUCAAAAUCCUGUAUUCCCCGAUGACAACGACCCACCCAUAAAUUCUCAAACUGGAAAAUCAUCAAAAUUCCCUUUUUACAGCCCAAGUCCCCUGCACAGUAUAUUCAAGAACUCACCCGCCAAUUCCAGUGUCAGUUCUACCCCUCUUCGAAUCUUUAAGCGCCCAUUUCCUCCACCUUCUCCGGCAAAGCACAUUCGGGCAUUCCUUGCUCGGAGGCAUGGUUCAGGUAAGCCUAGUGAGGCUUCAAUUCCUGAAGGAAAUGAGUUUGAGGUUGGGUUGGACAAGAAUUUCGGGUUUUCAAAGCACUUCAUCACCCAUUAUGAGCUUGGUGAAGAGGUGGGUCGUGGGCAUUUCGGAUAUACUUGUUCAGCAAAGGCAAAGCAUGGGAGCUUAAAAGGGCAGGAUGUAGCAGUCAAGGUUAUUCCAAAAUCAAAGAUGACUACGGCAAUUGCCAUCGAGGAUGUAAGAAGGGAAGUGAAAAUAUUACGGGCUUUAACAAAACAUAAGAGCCUGGUGCAAUUUUAUGAUGCCUAUGAGGAUGAUGGCAAUGUCUAUGUAGUAAUGGAGUUAUGCAAAGGAGGGGAAUUAUUAGAUAGGAUACUUAAUAGGGGUGGAAAAUAUUUGGAAGAAGAUGCUAAAGUUGUAAUGGUCCAGAUUUUGAGUGUGGCUGCCUACUGUCAUCUCCAAGGUGUGGUUCAUCGUGACCUGAAGCCAGAGAAUUUUCUUUUUAUUUCUAAAGAUGAGCAUUCCCCGCUGAAGGCCAUUGACUUCGGGCUCUCUGAUUACGUAAAGCCAGAUGAAAGGUUGAACGAUAUUGUUGGAAGUGCAUAUUAUGUAGCUCCUGAAGUUCUACAUAGAUCAUAUGGAACAGAAGCAGACAUGUGGAGUAUUGGAGUAAUUGCUUACAUUCUUCUAUGUGGAAGCCGGCCCUUCUGGGCUAGAACAGAAUCUGGAAUCUUUCGAGCUGUUCUUAAGGCAGAUCCAAGCUUUGAUGAAGUUCCAUGGCCUUCUUUAUCUUCAGAUGCUAUAGACUUUGUCAAGAGAUUGCUGAACAAGGAUUACCGCAAGAGAUUAACUGCUGCUCAGGCUCUUAGUCAUCCAUGGCUGGCCAAUUAUCAUGAUUUGAAGAUUCCAUUGGAUAUGAUUAUAUACAAGCACGUAAAAGCUUAUAUAUGUUCGUCCGCUCUAAGAAAAACGGCUUUGAGGGCUCUUGCUAAGACAUUGACGGUACCUCAGCUAACUUAUUUCCGGGAACAAUUUACACUUCUAGGACCAAACAAGAGCGGAUUCAUUUCUCUGCAGAACUUUAAAACAGCUGUGAUAAAGAACUCAACCGAGGCCAUGAAGGAUUCACGGGUUCUAGAUUACGUCAACAUGAUGAGUUCUCUUCAAUAUAGAAAAUUGGACUUUGAAGAAUUUUGUGCUGCGGCCAUAAGUGUGCACCAACUGGAAGCAAUGGAUAGCUGGGAGCAACAUGCACGCCAUGCAUAUGAGCUGUUUGAGAAGGAUGGAAACAGACCUAUUAUGAUAGAAGAACUUGCCUCAGAACUUGGACUCAGCCCGUCAGUACCAGUUCAUGUAGUUCUCCAAGACUGGAUAAGACACUCAGAUGGGAAACUCAGUUUCUUGGGAUUUGUCAGACUUCUGCAUGGGGUUUCUCUUCGCACAUAUCAGAAGGCUUGAAAUAAAAAGCAAGCUACAAAAGUUCAAUCUUAAUCCUUCACGUUCUUGAUCUACCAUGUCUCAAAUGAUCAAUGUUGUCUGGCUAAUGCGAGAGACCUCAAACAAGCAAGACUUACCUCUUACUACACAAAAAGGUUACAAAAUGAAAGUAUAGCCCAUAUGGCAGGAGUGAGAGACACAGCCAUUUGCAACAUAUUCGAUCUCCUGUCAGUAUGUUCCCUCUUUACUAUUUUAUUUUAUUUUAUCCUUACCUUAUAUAAUUUUGUUUUUCAAUGUUUGGUGCCAUUGGGUAUUUAGAGGAUUGUACAUUGAGGGUAGAUCACAAAAUGUAUUUAGAAUUAGAAAGAAAAGAGACAAAGGCUAAAGAGGGCUUUGUGGUUUUGGGUGGUAUCCCUUGUGUGCCCAGUGCACUUAAUUUAUUAAUAAAUACUUACUGUGAUCUACAAGAAUUAGCUGUUAAGGUUAUAGGCAUAUGGUUUCUGUUUGCA